AUGAGAUCCGCAUUAAUAUGCGUCUUCUUAGCACUUGUUGUGAGUAUGGAGAUUAUAAUUAUUAAUGAUGAAGAGUUCAAACCUACGCCGAUCCCGCUCAUCGACUGGCCGAGCAACAAACACAACUCGGCCGGGACCCUACAGGAGAUCAUCAAGACUGACGCACCCCCCACGGUGGCAGCUAUUCCCGCGCAUUACUGGGAGGACGCCCUCAGGCAUAGCGUGUACUUAACCCUCGUCAGAGACAAGAUAGACCAAUUAAUAGCAAAAGGAGACUACAUAUCGCCUGACAGCAGACCAGACUUGCAGACGUCAAAAGAAGUCGAUGAUCACGAUCUUUGGGAUAAAAUUAAAACAGCUAAAUUUGACAGGUUAAAGGAAGAGCCAAUUCCACCCGCCGACGUUACUAUAUUGGCAAGAGGUAGAUUGCUUGAAGAUAAGGACGGAUACAGAUUCGUAGAAGAAGAUGCAACACUGAAUAAUUGCAGUAGCAAUAAUUGCACUAAAGGUGUCAAAGCCUUUUGGUCAGUAAAACGAAUGAAACAAGGAGAACCAUCGCCUGGAAAAUACCACUACGAGUUGACAUUUUCAGUAACUUCGCAGACACCAAGAAAAGUGAAAAAACCAUAUGAGAAUCCAGUUAGAACAUUUACUAUUAAAGAGAACACACCCACCGAACCUCCACAAGGUCGUAACUACGAUAAGUCGGCCCACCACAACGAUAAGUCGGCCCACCACAACGAGAGACCCCAACGGGCCAUUUGGGUCCAUAAAAAUAUAAAUCCAUUGACAACUUACCAAAGACGUCCGCAUCAUUCACGAGGCCUAGACCGGUUAUUCUCCUCAUUAUUUUCCGACGAAGACACCUACGAGGAGCCUAUACCAUCGUACAAACCCAAAACUAAAACUUACGUGCCCCAUGCGUUUCCUCAACAUUCUAAAGUAGGGUACGUUGAUGACAGAGAAACGUACCAUCAGAAGAAGAUGAUUCCUUAUCCGAUGACGAAGCACCAACCAUACAGAUACACUCACAAUCCCCUCCCACCUCCCCCAGUGCCGUACGUGCAGCAUCCAUACUAUAACGUAGAUCCUAUAGCGAAUGUUCCAUACGUACCACCGUACUCAGACAAUCGCUUUGUGCCAUCCAAUGCAGUAAAGACCACAAGACCGGCUGUUUUGCCGACACCUAUUACAAAUUAUCCACUCCUGAAAGAAUCCACCGUCGAAGUUUCUGUCAAGACUAAACCGAAUACAACAGACUAUACAACAAAAGAACCAGAGAUUGCAACGAAUUUCAAAUCUAUACAAUUUGUAAAUCAUCAGAAACAAACGCCAGUGAAAAUUAGUUACAUAACUGACCACAUCAGACCUCCAGUAUAUAACGCACCACCGGGGGUUUUCGUUACUAUGGACAAAAAACCUUUUAAACCAAUGCCACCGCUUAAGCUUAAUCACGGAAACAAGCCACAUAAGUCUAUUCUUCCAGAUUUCCGUCCAAGCCCACAAGUUCUUGAUACCCAAUUCUCUGAACAAGAUACGGCAGCUGACACUGCAUUUAGACCAAUUUCAAUGAACUUCACAGAUAUUUCAACCGAAAGUAGUUACGAUUCUGGAAUUCAGAAUAGUAUCAAUAAGAAUAUUCGUAAGCACUUAUCAGGUAAGAAACCGACAAAAAAGCACGAAAAUAUUAAAUACAAUCGCCCACCCACUGUAAUGCCUGAUAUCAUAACAGCUGAAACCCUGCCAAUCGAAGACAACUCCAUGGAAUGGGCUAAUCUCUUAGGAGCUUUUACUAAAACUACCCCGAUGGCAUCACACAAGGACAGGAGUUCUACGGAAAAUAGUGACUCAGUUACUUCUACAACACCUUCAACAACAUCCGCUGCUGAAGACCUUACAGAAGAUGUGAAAGAGAGGGAACAUGAGACUCCAUCGACGAGUACAACAACCACUAGCACAAGCACAACGACGACGACCACUACAGCUAAACCUAAGAAGCGAACACGCCCGCCGCCGAAGUUCAACAAACAAGAUAAAAUCAAAAAGCAUAAACGAAUCACCACUACAACCACAACCACAACUACAGUCAAACCGACACGAAAAUACCAUCCAAAGAAACCAACAUCGACGUCUCAAGCCCAUGAUUUGACGCCUCAAGCAAGUUCUGCAGCAACCAGCGCAGCUAACUCCAUAUGGGAAACAAAAGCACUCAAAGCACCGGCAAAUAGUACAACCACGAGUACUACUACACGACCCACGAUGACCGUCAAACUAACAACAACCAGUACUUCUAGCACUACCAGUACAUCGAGCCCCAGCGUGGACACCGAACAGCCGGUUGUUACUACGCAACCGAAGAGUAAAAACCGUUUCAGACAAUCCACACUGAUGCAAAAAGGCACGUCGGUUAAUCACGACAAAUGGUCAACAAGCACACUCGACAAGAACCGAACGAACUCUGUUUUAUCUAACAAGUAUCCAAGAAGAAAAACGUCUAAAUUCCAAGGAUAUAUUCCUGCGAACAAGCCCAGGAGUCCGGAAGUUGUGAGAAAUAAGGAGGAUCAUAGAGACCACGUCUUUAAUUCCAAUCAUGAAAACCUUAGUAGCACCACUACAGAACAAACACAAGAGGCAGACGAAGAUAUUUUGGUAAAAAGGCCACAAGCUACUACUACUCCAACUUACGAAGACGAUGACAUGAAUGAAGAAUCGUCAGAGUGGCCGCCUGAGGAAGGAGAGGAGGAAACUGAGCCAGCACAAAGAGAUUUCACAAUUGAUGCUCAAGAAUCCAAAGAUGACAAUGAAUACAUUUUCCCAACUGCUAGUAUAGAAAAAGAAUUAACGACCACCGAAUUGACAGUGGUUGCGUCAACUCAUUCAGUUUCAAAGAAUAAGACAAAAUGUCAGAAGAAGAAACAUAAUAACCUAACUACUACUGAAGCAGCGAACAAAUCGUCUAGUGUUGUGGCAACUACCACUGCCAGUAAAACCUCAAGUACCACUACUACAACUUCAAGCCCAACAAUGGACAUAUUAACUGAAUUGUUCGGAGGUUUCACAAUGGAUGAUGCAACAGAAAUACCAGUGCUGUCUACUGCUGCACCAGAACCAGAUCCAAGUCCGAGUCACAAGCACCAACGUUACGUAGACAUGGAUGAUGAUAUUAAAGACUUUCUGCAUUCCCUUGAAAAGAGGCAUGACAAUAACACAAGUCAUAAUAAUUCCGAAGAAGAAUAUGAUGAUGAAACUGACGAUGAAGAUUCUCCGUUCAAUAAUGACGAAGAAAAUUCAGACAGCAGAAACUUAGGUGAAGAAUACUAUGAUGAAACGCAAGAAAGUCAAGAUCGGCCGUUUAGUUUAUUAGAAUUAAUGGCUAUAGAAUAGACUGAAUGUUUUCCUAAUCUGAAUACUCAUACUCAGUGUUGUAGCUUUAAAUGCUGUGUCCGUCAUUGAUCUCUGAGCACUGGCAGUGACCAAUGAAAGCUAUUUAUUGAUUGUUAUCGCAGAUAUAUUGUCAGCAUUCGAUCAGGCGCCGCCUUGUACUUAGUUAUAUGGACAUAAGGUGCUUUCACAUAAAGAUGUCAUGUAGCGGUAUUAAAUGUCUAGACGGUGCUGAUCCAGUACAGAUCUGCGUGUAUGGAAAAACUUUAAAUGUGAAGUUACAAAUAAAUUAGAAAGCAUUUAGCGCCGAACCUAAUUGGAAACUUUUGUUUAUGAAAACCUAUUCAGUACAUAAAAUUUAUAAAUUGAAAAAAGUCAAUGUUUUCAGAAACAAAAGUUUACAAUGCUCCUUAAGGCUUAUGUGACGCCAAGAAAUUCAAAGUACGCUGCACGAUUCCUAUUUUUCUGUGUUACCGGAAUGUAAAUACUUAAGUUCAAUUAAGUUUAAAUUAAGGUAAUAAUAAUAUUUUUGUAUAAUAAAUUAUUAUAAAGAU